UUUUUAAGUCUUCUUGCGGUGGUGUGGAAAACAGGUGAAAAUCUAAACGGCGAUCGGAAAGCGAAAGCAAAUUGGCCGGUGCGUAACGUAAAGGGGAAAAGGAAAACAUUCAACGGGGAACACCCUGACCGGAAAGCAACUCAACAAUCCAUCCCGCAAUUGUGUGUUGUGCCCCAUCUUCACGUACGCUUUGGGUCGGUGCCAUCGCUGGCGGGGCACGGUCCCCCCGAGUGUGUGUGUGUUAUUUUGUAACGUACGUGUGUGUGUUGGUGGGUGUUUUCUGAGUGCGUGAACGCGUGAAGGACAUCGUCCGUCGUCGGGGAAGAAAACAGGGCCACUUAUCCUUUUUCCAUCAGGGCCACAGGGCAAGGGUUAAGCCCCAGCAGAAAAGGUGAGAACGAACGAGGUGUGGAUCAAGGUGUCCGUUCGAUAGCAUAGUUUGCCAGAGCACAUAGAAACUCACUAAAGCAAUCGGCGUCAAGCAGAAUGGCGCGGGCGUUGGAUGAAGAGACCGGUAGGACGGACUCGUACCGUGUGGCCACGGUGGCCCCACUUAAGGAUGACAAUCGCACCGCCGAUGGCCAGUUCAAGUCAAGACGCAAAAUGCCGCCAAAAAAGAAAACUGAUUUAGAUGAUCUGAAGCAGGAGCUCGACAUUGACUAUCACAAGAUCACACCGGAGGAACUGUACCAGCGACUACAGACACAUCCGGAGAAUGGUCUGAGUCAUGCAAAAGCCAAGGAGAAUUUGGAACGUGAUGGACCAAACGCCCUGACCCCACCCAAACAAACGCCCGAAUGGGUUAAGUUCUGUAAGAAUCUCUUCGGCGGUUUCGCUAUGCUCCUGUGGAUCGGUGCCAUCCUCUGUUUCAUCGCUUAUUCGAUUCAGGCCAGUACCGUUGAGGAACCGGCUGAUGAUAACCUGUAUCUCGGUAUCGUGCUGUCCGCUGUUGUGAUAGUUACCGGCAUCUUCUCAUACUACCAGGAAUCGAAAAGUUCGAAAAUUAUGGAAUCGUUCAAGAACAUGGUGCCCCAAUUCGCUACCGUGCUGCGUGAGGGUGAGAAGCUGACGCUGCGCGCCGAAGACCUGGUCAUCGGUGAUGUCGUAGAGGUCAAGUUCGGCGAUAGGAUACCGGCCGAUGUUCGCAUCAUCGAAGCGCGUAACUUCAAGGUUGACAACUCGUCGCUGACUGGUGAAUCCGAGCCUCAGUCCCGUGGACCCGAUUUCACUCAUGAUAACCCGCUGGAAACGAAAAAUUUGGCCUUCUUCUCGACCAACGCUGUUGAAGGAACUGCUAAGGGUGUUGUCAUCAGCUGUGGUGAUCAUACCGUGAUGGGACGUAUUGCUGGUUUGGCUUCGGGUCUGGAUACUGGUGAAACUCCAAUCGCUAAGGAAAUUCACCAUUUCAUUCAUCUGAUCACGGGUGUCGCUGUGUUCCUCGGUGUGACUUUCUUCGUCAUCGCAUUCAUCCUCGGAUAUCACUGGCUGGACGCUGUCAUCUUCCUGAUCGGUAUCAUUGUCGCUAACGUACCGGAGGGUCUGCUGGCCACCGUCACCGUGUGCCUGACGCUCACUGCCAAACGUAUGGCUUCGAAGAACUGUCUGGUAAAGAAUCUGGAAGCCGUAGAGACGCUCGGCUCGACCUCGACCAUCUGCUCGGAUAAGACUGGUACGCUGACCCAGAACCGGAUGACCGUUGCGCAUAUGUGGUUUGACAAUCAAAUCAUUGAAGCCGAUACCACUGAGGAUCAGAGUGGUGUGCAGUACGACCGCACCAGCCCCGGAUUCAAGGCCUUGUCUCGCAUCGCCACACUGUGCAACCGUGCCGAAUUCAAGGGAGGCCAGGACGGUGUUCCAAUUCUGAAGAAGGAGGUGAGCGGUGACGCUUCUGAAGCUGCUCUGCUGAAGUGUAUGGAGCUGGCCCUUGGAGACGUAAUGAACAUCCGCAAGCGCAACAAGAAGGUGUGCGAAAUCCCAUUCAAUUCCACCAACAAGUACCAGGUGUCGAUCCAUGAGACAGAGGACCCCAGCGAUCCGCGCUAUCUGUUGGUCAUGAAGGGUGCCCCCGAGCGUAUUUUGGAACGCUGCUCAACUAUUUUCAUCAACGGCAAGGAGAAGCUUAUGGACGAAGAAAUGAAGGAAGCGUUCAACAAUGCCUACCUGGAGCUGGGCGGUCUCGGUGAGCGUGUGCUCGGAUUCUGUGAUUUCCUGCUGCCAUCGGACAAAUACCCGGUCGGUUUCAAGUUCAAUUCGGACGAUGUGAACUUCCAGGUUGAAAAUCUGCGCUUUGUCGGACUAAUGUCCAUGAUUGAUCCGCCGCGUGCUGCCGUCCCGGACGCCGUAGCCAAGUGUCGUUCUGCUGGUAUUAAGGUUAUCAUGGUUACUGGUGAUCACCCGAUCACUGCCAAGGCUAUCGCUAAAUCGGUCGGUAUCAUCUCGGAGGGCAACGAAACUGUUGAGGACAUUGCCCAGCGAUUGAACAUCCCGGUGUCGGAGGUUAACCCGCGUGAGGCAAAGGCCGCCGUCGUGCACGGUUCGGAACUCCGUGACCUGUCGUCGGAACAGCUGGACGAAAUUCUGCGCUACCACACGGAAAUUGUAUUCGCACGUACCUCGCCGCAACAGAAGCUGAUCAUCGUGGAGGGUUGCCAGCGCAUGGGUGCUAUUGUCGCUGUAACUGGUGACGGUGUGAACGAUUCGCCCGCCUUGAAGAAGGCUGACAUUGGUGUUGCUAUGGGUAUUGCCGGUUCGGAUGUGUCGAAGCAGGCUGCUGACAUGAUUCUGCUCGAUGAUAACUUUGCUUCGAUUGUUACUGGUGUCGAGGAGGGACGUCUGAUUUUCGAUAACUUGAAGAAAUCGAUCGCCUACACGCUGACAUCUAACAUUCCGGAAAUUUCGCCCUUCCUGGCAUUCAUCCUGUGCGACAUUCCGCUACCGCUCGGCACUGUCACUAUUCUGUGUAUCGAUUUGGGCACGGACAUGGUUCCCGCUAUCUCACUUGCCUACGAAGAAGCCGAAUCCGAUAUCAUGAAACGCCAGCCCCGUAACCCGUUCACUGAUAAAUUGGUCAACGAAAGACUCAUCUCGAUGGCUUACGGUCAGAUCGGUAUGAUUCAGGCUGCUGCCGGUUUCUUCGUGUACUUCGUCAUCAUGGCUGAGAACGGCUUCCUGCCGCUGAAGCUGUUCGGUCUCCGCAAGAGCUGGGACUCGAAAGCCAUUAACGAUCUCACCGAUUCGUACGGUCAGGAAUGGACCUACCGCGAUCGCAAGACCCUCGAGUUUACCUGCCACACCGCGUUCUUCGUGUCGAUUGUCGUUGUCCAGUGGGCCGAUUUGAUCAUCUGUAAGACUCGCCGUAACUCGAUUUUCCACCAGGGCAUGAGAAACUGGGCCCUCAACUUUGGUCUCGUGUUCGAAACGAUACUUGCUGCCAUCCUGUCCUACACGCCGGGCAUGGACAAGGGUCUGCGCAUGUACCCACUGAAAUUCGUUUGGUGGCUACCAGCUUUACCGUUCAGCUUGUCCAUCUUCGUGUAUGACGAAAUUCGUCGCUUCUACUUGAGACGCAAACCAGGCGGCUGGCUAGAGCAAGAAACGUACUAUUAGGUCAACAAAUUUAUAUUUAAAAAGAUUAAUUAAACAAAAACAAAAAAACAAAACCAACUCCCCCCCCCACACACACACACUCACACACACAGAAACACAGACACAACAUGCACACAUGCAUACUCUAUACAUGAAGCAGCCAUACAUAAGGAAAUGCUCACAGCGGGCAUUCAAACAUUGUAAGCACUCACAUACACUCUCUCCCCCCACCACAAACACACACACACACACAUACACAAACAAACACUUCGAACCACGGAGCCUGGUCGGAAGCGGGAGUUAAGGAUUGUGCAACAAUGCUACAUAGUAUGAAGCGAUAGAACGGUGCAGAAAAAAAAAACACACACAUUAUAAUAAACCAAUAUAAGAAAAAUCGUGUGGAUAGUUUGCGAGCAAAAUGAGGGAGCAGAAAAAAAAGAAUAAAAUAAGCAUUAAUACGAACGAAUAUAGUAGUACGACGGUUAAGCAGUUUUAGCGCAGCACACGUGGGGACAGGCGGUGUAGCAGUGGCAGAAAAAAAAAAAACGCUAGCUAGCUAGGGUAAGACGUAA